GCCCGUCAUGCUGCCCGUCAUGCUGCCCGUCAUGCUGGUAGUGGGCGCCGCCGUGCCCCAGCUGCCAAGUGUUGUCAACGUUUCUGACUUUGCAAAGAAGUUGUCAAAUUUUGAUUUUACGUCGUUGUUGUACGGCGGCAGCAUCAGUGGCACGUUGUCAGCGGCUGGUCUUGGCAUCUUCGAGGCUGGUGUUCUGACUGGGUUUAUCACCAGCUAUAAUAGGAUUCAGCGUAAUGCCUAUAAGAAAGAUAGGAAAAAGAGAAAGGAAAAAAUAAAGGAGCUCAAGAAGGAAACAGAGAUGCUCUUAAAAGUGGAAGAAGCUAGGCAACAAAGUGAAAAUAACAGAAAGACUGACUCUGUACAUGAAGGAGACUAUGAGGAUUAUAACACUGGAUACCAUGUGGCACCAGCUCCAUCUCAUCGUUUAUCUCAAUCCUCAACACAAGGACACUACCACAUGUUGUCCUACUCUGCUUACGACCCUCACACACAAACAAGACACAAACGAUCUACCAUAAAAGGUUUGCAGGAGGUGGAGGUGGCGCAGAAGAUGCUAGUGUCUGCAGUCAUUCACCUGGACACUGACGGCUGCUUGUUAAAACUCUUGUGUCACCUACAUAACAAGCGGCCAGGUGAUCGCACUCUACAGGAAAAUAUCAUCCUCCAGUUUUUAUCUAACAGCCCGGAAAUGUUAUCCUCCUACAAGGCCGCCUUAAUUAAUGCUACGAAGGUCGGUGGUCAGAGCACAUGUAACGAGGUGUUUCCCAAGUGUGUCCUGAGGGACCAGGAGCUGAGUAGUCUGCUGCAACAGACAUGGGGCUGUGGUAGCAUCCCUCUGUAACUGGUGUUGCAGACUUGUUGCUGCAGCAGCUUCCCUCUCUAACGGCUGAGUGCCUAAUAGUUUAAUAGUUAAUGUAUUUACUAAUUGAAAUUAAGAAAUAUUCACAGCAUGAGUGUUUUUACUCACUCUUUAAUUUAGUUCAUGACACUUAUAGUAGUGUAGAACUCUUCAAUAUCUCUUUAAGUGUAUACAAAUUCUGUGACACAGCAUUUGUGAGGUGACAAAAAAAUAAAUCUGUAAAAAUUUGAUUUUAAUAUAAUACAUAUAAUAUAAUAUAAUAUACAUAUAAUACACAUCAGCGUGUUCGAUAGGGGUGAAUGGAGACGAAUGGUACUUGGUACCUGACGAUCUGUUGGAGUGUGAGCAGGGUAAUAUUUAGUGAAGGGAUUC